UGAUUGUUUUCGUCUUUUAUACUCUCGCUUUGAGCAAUGCUGGCGAUUAGGGUUUUAGUUCGCCGCUCCAUCCCCUCCAAAUUCGCUCCAAUCUCGCCCAAUUCGCUUCAAAAAAUCCGAUUUUCCUCUCAAUCCCCCGAUUUUCCGCGUAAAUGUCCCCCGAGAUAUUCUCCAUGGACCUCUCCUUACUCGAAUCAGAUCGCCAUCGCCAGUCUCCUGCGGAGGUACGGAUUUCCCCAAUCCAAUCUCCACGAAUUCGUCCAAAGAAACCGAUUUGUGUCAGAUUUUAACCCUUCCGAUGUCGAGAAUUGCAUUAAGAUCCUCCUAUCCUUCGGAUUCUCGCAAAACUCCCUUUUGUCGAUCGUUUCCUCUUGCCCUAUGGCUCUGGAUCUCGAAUUCUUGCGAAAAUGGCAGGGCUUUUUCUCCGAAUUAGGUCCUAUUCCUCCUUCCGUAGUCCAGAAACUUCUUGAACAAUCUGGAAAGUUUAGUAUCAGGCCGGAUGAUCUUCGCCCGAUUCUACGGUUCAUGAAAGAUAUGGGCUUUAGGAAUGAAACUUUAAGAAGACUAUUGGGGGAGUUGCCUUUGGGGUUGUUGAAGGAUUCGGCUGAAAUUGGCGAUAAAGUUGACAUUUUGAAACGAAUCGGACUUGAUAUAGAUGAGAUUGAUCGAAUUUGCUGUAGUUUUCCGGGUUACUUUGCUCUUGACUUCGAAGGUAGUUUGAGGCUCUUAUUUCAAGAGUUUUAUGAUUUGGGUUUUACCCAACAUGAGGUUAGAAAGGCAAUAAAUGAAGAUCCGAGGCUUCUUUUAAGCAUGGAAGUCGGAGAGCUUUCGCGGUGCAUGGAAUUGCUCAAAAGCUUAAAAUGCAGGCAUAAUGUAAAAGAGAAGAUCUUUAGUAGGGGUUAUUUAAGAGCCGUGAUCGACGUAAAGCUUAGAGUGGAUGGCUUGCACAGGCAUGGUUUGAUUCUUAGAGAUGCUUUUAAGAUAUUGUUCGUGGAGCCAAGAAUAAUUUUAUAUGAUUUAGAGGACAUAGAAAAGAAGAUUGACUUCUUGCUCCACAAGAUAAAGUUUUGUAUCGAGUAUCUAAUUGAAUGUCCUGAGUAUUUAGGGGUAAAUCUUGAGAAGCAUAUAAUUCCACGCUACAAUGUGAUUGUUUACUUGAGAUCCAUAGGAGGUCUUGGCGAUGAGGUGGGAAUGAAGCAUUUUGUGAAGCUUAGUAGGCUAAAGUUCUAUAACUUGUUUGUGAAGCCAUACCCUGAGUGCGAAAAGAUGUUUGGAGGACCAAAGAGAGAAGUUGAAGUUAGACCGCGGCAUCCUACUGCCAUGUGGAAGCUGUUUAAGCCCCAGAGAUACCCCGAUUCUAAAGAAGAUGUGAAUAACAUGAAGCUGUUUAUGGAGUCUCUUGUGUAAUACCGGUGCUGCUGGGGGUCUAUUUGACCUGGUAUAGCUUUUGCAGUAGUGCAAUUGUAGUAGCAGCUAUCCGAAGAAACAGAUGAAACAUUCCUGCUGCAGGAAAAGCACAAGUUUCAAAUUGGAACUUUGCUUUUGGGUUCUGUAUGCUCCCAUCGCAGCAAAAGAUCUAGACUUUUUGUUUGCCAAAUGCCUAGUAGCUACUUGUUGGAUUAUUCCAGAACAGCAGACCUAAUAGGCAUUAUGAUGUUGGUUCUAUAGGUAAGCAAAACAGAAAAACGGUGAGAAUUCAAAAGGUAUUGGUAUAUUUUAGGAUGAUCUUGACUGAAUCUUGCUUGUAAAAGAAAAAUGUAUUACAAUACUCCCCAACUCAAUGUGCAUGCGAAUGAAAAUCAAGUUUGAAUUCCAUAGCAAAUCUUUGAGCACUGAAUAAUUUGAAGUUUUGUUUGAGAUCUGCCUCAUUAUGGAUGUUAGUUCAAAAGUUGCAGCUAGAACAAUACAUACAUUAAUGAAGCAAAUUUAAACUUUGAGAUGGAAAGGCAUCCUCCUAACAGCAGAGAAACUCAUGAUUAUUCAUUCACAUGGGUAACAAUAUGUUAAUACUUGCGUCUCUUUGCAUGGUAUUGAUAUUGAAUGGGCUCGCAUUCGAUGCUUUAAAUAAUUUCUGUGCUAUAUGGUUCAUAGAAGUCUCUAUUUUGGUUAAUAGAACCACCAUAUUCAACUGAAAAAGCAGAACAGCUGCUGAAAUGUCAAGCUUAUUCAAGUGAAGUUUAGUUGCAAGGAUUUCAUCAUUUAGAAGUUAAUGAGAAGAACCCAGUGCCUAUUUCUAAUUUCGUGAGGUUCGGUGCUCUUAACAUAAGAUGUUCUGUUCUAUAAGAAUGAAUCCAUUAUGUUUUGAUGAGUCA